UGGGCACUAAGUGCAAAAACAGAGAAAAGGUCGGUCAAGUGGAGAAUUUCCAGUCCAGAUCUUGCCGAACAAGCACACGAUUUCAAUGUCAAACGGAAAAGUAUCCUCGACAACAGAUCAUCUUGGCACUCCUACCCUCACGAUUCUGAUAGUAAUUACGAUCAUUCAAGCAUUUACUCAUCUUGCCCAAGCAUAAGCUCAAGUCUCUCCGGAAAACUCAGCCCUCCAACUCCUCCUCCUCGAAGAGCUGAAUCUUUCCUCAGUGUAUCUCAGCACUUAUACUCACGGGCCAUUGCGGCUCAGAGAUCAUAUUAUGAUUAUUUGGAUUUUGUUUUCAAUCGAUAUCUAAACGUUCGCACUAAUAUGACUGAAGAAGCGGGACCAAAUGUGAACAUGAUAAUCCCUUCCAAUGACAACGAAUCAUUCCAAGCUGAGCAGUCGCACGACGACGAUCUGCGCUCGCCGAGCAACGAAUUGUCUACUCCGUCGUUCACGCCUCCUCCUCCCAUCGACUGUUCAGAUUCUCUUUCGUUUCCAUCUCCAACGAACCCCUCGGGAAAUUCAAGUAGGUCAGUACCUCCAAUGUUCAUUUAUUCAUACGAUCCACCAUCGCCCGAAUUUAAUUCGGAGUAUGACCCUCCUCCGUUUAUUUCGCCACCACCCUCUGAAUUGACCAAAGACAACCACGUGUCGCAUCGGCUCGAGUCUAACGAAAACCCGGUGUCGAAUGAACACUGCCAAUCACACACGAACACCCUUCUGUUACUGAGGCCUGACUCGGAUCUUUCAUCAACUCUUUCAGCCUCGUUACUUCUCACGCAGGACUCGGAUAUUUCACCCUUACCUCCUCAUGCUGAAAGAGUGUCCCCAAUGAACACCGACACGCUCACCUCAUGUUCUCCUAACAUUCAACAAUUUACCUCUGACCCAAGCGUUACUUACACCUGUACAUCUCCGUCAUUCUCUCUCAAUUCCGAUAACCUCUCCAAUGUUCCAGAUCAAUAUUUUAUAACAACGCCAACUUUUCACGAGGUGGAAAAAACAGAGCCCGAAAACUCGGCGCGAAGUUCGCCGGAUGACGUUGAAGCCAAAGACAGUCGUACACCAGAUACCAUCUGCGUAUCCCCAUUGCAUUCAGAGAGAGCAUCUCAUAGUUAUUCAAAGACCUCUGAAGAUCAAUCAAUCCCUACUCGCUCCGUAUCAGAAUCUCACAAAAAAUCGACCGAGGGUAACACCGGGUCUUCAGACCGUGCGAGACGUUCUUCUCCACAGUCUUCACCUGAUCAGUCUCUGUCCUCACUACCAAGUGACACAAUUACAAUGAACACUGGUAUCGAUUCAAUUGGUACAGAUACUGACUCAAAUGAGAACCCAGCUGUAUCCCAAAGUAAUAGAGUUCGAGCCAGCCAGUCCGUUCACUCUCAAGACGAAACGGACCAAACUAUUGACAGCGCAUUCGCAUCUCCAUCGACGUCGCCCACAUGCACGUUGUCCUGCUCGGUGACUCCUGUGCCUUCACGAGAGAAGAAAUCAGCCUCUGUCGAGCAUCGCACUACCAAGGAAUCUGAUGAAGGUUUUGAAAAAGAGAGCUUUUUAAUGCCAUCCAGAGACGACGCGGUUUUGGAUAAUAAUUCUGGUAAUAAAGGAAAUCUGGAAAGAUAUUCAGAAUGCAACUCUAAUAUCGAUUUAGCAGACGAAGUCGAAGCUGCUGAAAACGAAAGUAUCUAUCCUGAAAGUGAAUGUGAAAUUAGACUAGGAUCUAGAGCAGACACUGAAAGUGCCGAUUAUUCACACAGAGACAGCAGUCCAGAUGUCCACACUACCUCAGUGAUAGCUGAACUUUGCCAGUUAGAAGAAGAAAAGGAUAAAAUAACUGAGUUACCGGAGAAUUUGAGAGAGGCCGCUAUCGUGAGGAACCCUUCUUCAUCGUCAAUGAAAGAAAUCAGUUCAUCUGGGAAUUCCAGUAUGUCAAAUUCGCCUGCUUUCCUUGCUGAAACUAGUAUUCCAUGCACGAGGAGAAACCUCACGAGUGAUUCCAGAUACGACGUACAAUCGAAUAAUAAUAAUGCUCAUCUUACAAACUGGCUUCGAAGUAGUCGACCAUCAGAAGGGAUAUCGAACGAAAUCGAGCCUAACGGGUAUUCCCCAACCAACAGCAACGUAACAGAAACGGAAAAUGGCAUUAUCAUAGAAGAAAUUUUCAGUGAAACACUAAGCUAUAAUACCUUCAACGGAGGACGAUCCUUCCCUGUAUUUGGCCCACUGCCCACUAUCCACGAAGUCGCUGACACUCCGCCCGACAUUACUCCUGUUUCUGACACUAUAAUUCUUCCUACAUCAGCUAACUUUGUAGGAACUUUAAACUAUCACGAUGCAUGCAAUUCUGAUUCUUCUUCAAUAACGUCUUAUUUUGUUCGUUCUGACAGCCCGCAAGAUGGGUCUGCGUCUGCUCCUUUCUACGAGAGUAAGACCUCUGCUGUCUCUUACGGCAAUGUUCCCCCACCUCCCCCACCACGCUCUAUGAAAACCCAAUCUAAGACUCCUCCAGUCCCUCCUCCACCAGUUGAUGAUGAUGAUUUCAACCCGAUUCCUUUACCCCCUCCUCCUUCUGACGAUGCAUGUCUACCUCCUUUACCUCCUCCACCCGCUACUUAUUACAACGAGUGUGCUCCCCCUGUCCCGCCCCACGCUAUCGGGCCCAUACCCCCUCAACGCAUGUAUUUGCUAAUACCUAUCGCGCCAGAACUGCGUAGUCCUCAGAGGGUGUUAAGUCCUCCACCGGCACCACAAAGAUCAACUUCACUCCGACGAUCCCCACCUCCGUCUCCUCCGGUAAAAAAUACGAACUUUUCAGCUUUAGAGCACAACCGACUCACCGAAUUUAACUCGUUUAUGCUUUCAAUGUUGAACGAAGAAACCAACGAAGAAGAAAGAACCAUGUCUUCGCCAUCCGAUGUUGGGUCUGUCAUCUGUGUCUCAUCCAAACUAACACCUUUGCCUGAAGAACGGUCUCCGAAUGUUUCUCCUCUCCCUCCUACAUUACUAAUGGCCGCCCCACAAAAUCUCACUCGUCCUAGAGAAACCAAUGCUGAACCUAGAUCAAUGCUCACAAACUCAACUACUUCAGACACUUCGCCUUCCUUCACGUCUAAUAACGCUAGCUUUCUCAGUCCGCCGUUACCUCCAGCGAGACAAAAGAAAUCCUUGACUCCUCCCUUGCCUCCAAAUCCAAGUAAUUCAAUUUUGUUUCACAAUUCUAGUAAAAAUGCUAAGGGUACAUUAGAAAAAUUAGCAGAAACAAAAUUAGAAACGGAAAGCUCCCAAACGGAACUUGGUGAUCGCAAGAUGGCUCCUCCUCCACCACCCCCCUCAAAACCAACGUGUCAAAGGGCAAAAACAAGCCCAUCGGCACAUCUUGCUAAGAGUUCUCAGCCAGAGAGUUCAGCGUCGUCUCCUCUGAUGAGUUUCUCCGCGUCCGGUAAGCUGGUCGUGGACAGAUCCGACAUGCCGCUACCGUCUGCGGAAGAGGAAGUGGGCGGCGUCUUCAGGAGCGCCGUACGUUGGGGCUUUCUGGUGGAAGGUGUGGACACCGUCGCCAUGUAUACCCAAAUACGACCAAUUAUUCAGCGGGGCCCGCAAUGUGGAUUGGUUGCGCUAAGUAUGGCCAGUCAAAUAUGUGGUCCGAGUGGAGCGUCAUCACGAUGCCCUAGCGCAGUACCUCCCGCUACCCCAACUACUCCAGGCUCACCUCCAGGGAAAGCUGGCGGGGUGUCUUCUAAUGAACUCCUGGAAGAAGCGAGAACAAAAGGGUUUUCUACCCACGGAGAAAUGUUCAGCGCUGAGUCACUGGCUAGCUUGGCCAACCUGAAACUUGGCUACUCGAUGGAGGCUUGCGUCAGACGAGGAAUCCUGCAAGACAAACACGUUUUCUUGGAACUCAUUUUAGCUGGAGCUCUUCUUCUCGUCCCGUACGAUGCACAGCACAACCACCAGCCCGGUAAGUUCAACGGACACAAGGCGCACUGGGGUGUGGUCUCGGGAGCGCUGGUCCAGAGCAGGAGGUUCAGCUCGGGAGUUUCUUCUGCUGCCGCGUUUGCGCGUCCCGACUCUCGUAUCGACAACCUGUGGCAUGUACGACGCGCACAUCACUCCAGCAGUAGAUCUUCCAGCCGCGCGCCUUCCAGAGCUGAGGAAUUUCCAAUUGUAGAAGAAGUUGCAAAGAUCAGCACUAAGUCGAGGAGAGAACGAAGUUCUUCUCCGCCGUGGAGACUUUUGCCUUCUGACCGAGCAAGCCGAUCUACUACUCCAGGUCGAUCCAGUCAAGGCUAUGGCGGUACGAACCACGAAGCUGCGUUGUCGGCUUUUCUCAGCGUGGCGUCCGAAGAUUUGAAUGUCGUGGUUUUGUGGCGUCAAGGCAAAAGCAGGACUCUGGUGUCAUCCACUCUUGAAGACCUCAGCGCCAGCAAUGCUCAACUCACUGAGUAUCCUCAAGCUCAGGCAGACAACAGCUUUGAAAGAGAUUUCGUGAUCGGUAAUGUCGAGGAUGGGUUGGCUGGUCAGGUAGUUGUUCUCAAUAAAACUACACAGCCGCUAACUGAUUUGUCAGAAUUGCUGGAUCGAUUGCAAAACUGAUUUCAAUAAAGCAACGUCUGUUCUAUUUCACCUAACUUUCAAAACCUACUUUCAAAAAUCGCUAAGUGAACGUAAGUAUUUACGCUCUAUUAUCUUA